AUGGCGAGUCCAGUUCCAACCAAUUUAAGUAACAACGACUCUGCUACAAACGUAGCCAGAACAACGAACAAGAUGAAAGAAUCCGGCCACGAGUACGUCAUACAUCUUCCGGAUGGAAAGUGUGGCUGGUUCGUUAUGGCUGCCAGUUUGCUGUGUUUACUCAUUUCUGAUGGCAUCCUGUUCAGCUUCGGAUUAAUAGUUUCGGGUUCUGAUCACGUUUUUUACAAGACAUUUGCUAAAAGAGUGCUGUUCUUUAGCUACGUUAAUGGCAGCUCGUUUGGCUCAGGUUACCUUAUUUCUAAAUUGAGCAAUCGAUAUGGUUUUCUUAUCAUCAUGAUAGCCAAAACUUUACUUAGUUUUUUGGGGCUACUGACAUAUUCCAUCUCACAGUCUUUCAAUCGUCUGCUAUUCAUGCAAAUUGGCCUGGUUUUCGGAGUUGUAGACGUUCUAUCCACUACAUCAUUCGUCGUUGAAGACGGCAAAAGGCGGACGCUAGUCACUGGGAUCGCUCUCUGCUGUUCUGGAACAGGUGCUUUGGUCUUUGCCCCUGGUAUCUACUUUUUAAAUGAAAAAUUCGCCAACUUAGAAGCAUUUUAUUAUCUGAGUUGCUUUUAUUUGGUGUGUGCGCUGUUUGGAUGGCUAUACGGACCAUUCUAUUACCUACGGCACAGAACGUCCAACUUGAAUGAAGUCAAAGAGAUUCCUCAAAACCAAGGGACAGAUCAAGAACAACCUGGUAACGGGAAACAAACCCUGAAACAUGACUACGUCAAAAUACCAAUAACAGACAGACCAGCUAGCUCGAAUGAAAUCAAAGAGGUUCCUCAAAACCAAAUGACAACUGAAGAACAGCCUGGCAACGAUAAAGUCAACCCUGGAAACAUGGAACAUCAGAACGGAAGCGACCCAAUCAUUCAAAAAUCCAAGCUAGAACGUUUCAAAAAUUACUUGUGGGGCAAGUUCUUGCGAUUCAAAUCUGCGACUUUCGUUGCAAUUUCUAUCGUGAGUUUCUUGCAGGCGUUUGGUUUAUUUGUGCCGAUCGUGCAUCUACCUGCUCACGCCAUCAGUAUCGGAAUAUCAAAGGUGGAAGCGUUCUUCUUAAUAUCUGCUAUUGGAAUAUCGAGCACAAUCGGCCGUAUUUUUAACGGAUGGCUUUCCGACCAACCAAACUUUGAUGUGCUUCUGUGGAAUACUGUCGGCUUGUCAGUAACAGGGGUAUGGAUAACCUUUGGCCCGUUAUUCACCUCCUGUCGGUGGCUUGUCGUAUUUUCAGUCCUUUUCGGACUGGUUUCUUCUUGCAGUAUCGUUUCUCAUCCCAUUGUACUCGGGAAGCAACUGGAAUCGAAAGAUGCUACUAAUAAUUACGGUUUCGUACACAUUUGCUAUAGAGCGGGUGCAUUUACAGGAAUUCUUGUUGCUGGUUUGCUUUACAUUUAUUACGACCAUUAUCAUUUUUCCUUCUACGUUGCCGGUUUUUUCGUUCGUCUCUCUGCCGUUCUUUGCUUGUAUCUUGAGAGGAUUAACGGAUGGGAGCGGCGGCGUAAUGAUUAAGAGUUCCGCUCAUUGUGCUACAAUUUUGCAAGUAUAAUUGAAAAUAGGCUGGUUUUUUCCCUUUCGCAUUCAUCAAUAACAAAAUAAAAGACUUUCUAACUCAAUUUCCUCUUCAAUAGACGCUUUCAUCGGAUUCCGACGACACUGUAGGCAUGAAAGGAUGUUUACUGACCACAAUAUGGUUUUGUUGGUUCAUUGAAUCAAUUGGGGCAAACACUUCAUUCCAUCGAUUCUAGUGGGACACAUUCAAUUUCUUAGGUUUCGUUAAAAACAAAAAAAUACAGUUGAAGCAUUCCGGUAUGCUUUUAGUGAAAUCGUAACAGGUACUCUUAGAAGAGGGUAGACUAAUCUAAUGCAAUUUUCCCCUUCAUCUUUUUGAAGUUUAAAAUAAAUUGAUUUCUUGUGA